UUAAGUGUGUAUCUCUUUCUUGAUUUCAAUUUUAAUAGAAAAUGGAAGUGGGGCCUGUGUAUACUCUUCCCGUUGGCUAUCGGUUUCGUCCCACCGACGAAGAACUCAUCAAUCAUUUCCUACGGUUGAAGAUCAACGGUUACCAUAAAGAAGUGGAUUAUAUCCAAGAAGUUGAUAUUUGUAAGACCGAGCCUUGGGACUUGCCGGGUUUGUCGCAGAUCGAGUCCAUCGAUGACGAAUGGUUCUUUUUUAACCGCAAAGAUCACAAGAACGGUCACCGAUCAGCUCGUGCUACCAAGUGUGGGUACUGGAAGCCCACCGGAAGAGAUAGGACCAUCAAGACUAGCAAAGGGUUUCUUGAGAUUGGAAAGAAGAAGACGCUCGUUUUCCAUACUGGGCGAUCCCCAAAAGGGGUGAGGACUCGUUGGGUGAUUCACGAGUACGUUCCUACGCUAAACGAACUCGAUGGAACCGCUCCUGGACAGACUCCUUUCGUGCUUUGUCGUUUAUUUAAAAAGCAUGACGGGAAGGAUAAAAAUCCCGAGAGUGCUGCUCCUCCUCCUCUGCCGCCACCACCACCGCCACCGCCACCGCCUUCUACCACGGAGGAUGGCAUUGAUAUUAGAGGUGUUGAAUGGGAUUUUCCGGAGGUAGAAAGGGCUCUAGAUGAUCUCUGGGAUCCUUCAUCAGAGCAUGGACUAGUCGUAAACAAACAGCAAGAACCGUCGACUUUUAUAAGAGUCGGCAAUUAUUCAGUGCAGAAUAAGUACAAUGGCAAAGUCAUCCUCAACUUAGACGAGAAGCUUAGCCCGACUGCUAGUGAUGUUGCAUCAACGAUGAACUGGGAUUCUGAUGAAGUUUACAACGCAGAGAUUAUUGCUCGGGAGCCGUUGUUGUCGUGGAAAGCUAUAGAGAUUGGUGGUGAGGAGUCGUUGUUGUUGAGAGGUAUGCGUAAGGUGUUGGGGUGUCUAGGAUUAUGGAAAUGCUUCAACUUUUGAAGGCAAGACGUACGGAUGGAUCAAGGAGGUUUCAUUUU